GGGUGGGUGCGUUGUAGACCUUUGCCACAUCACCCGCAGGUAUUUCACAGGUAACCAUUAAUAUAGAAAGUUUUCGAUAUUUACAUCUUGAUUUCGUUAGAUCAGGACCGUCCAAUUCCCACUUCAUGCCCUCGCCGUCCUCGUCCUCACCGCCUCGACGCUUCGCCAUCGUCUCCUCCCUCUUCGACUCCCCCGCGGCCCCGCCUCUCUGCUUCACCUGCGCCAUCGCGUCCCGAAAUCACGAGGCGAAGCGUCUUCCAAUUGCCUUCUCUCUGCCGGAGAGCACGAGGAGGAGAUCGUGUCGAGCAGCGCAUGGGCGAGGAGGGGUCGCCGAGCUCGAUGGGGAGCCUGGAGAGAGAUCGGGAGCUUCUUAUUCCCGUAUCCAUGGAACUCCACGGUUCCACCAAUGCUUCUUCCUCUUCCUCUCAUCACCAUUCCGGUAGAGAGGCUUUUUAUAAAGUCAUCCGUAGUUGGGCUUCGAAGAAGUUUAUGACAGGAUGUGUCAUUCUCUUUCCUAUUGCAAUGACGUUCUAUAUCACUUGGUGGUUUUUCCAUUUUGUGGAUGGAUUUUUUUCUCCAGUCUAUGCUCAACUUGGGAUAAACAUAUUCGGGCUUGGUUUUGCUACUUCCAUAACGUUUAUCUUUUUGGUUGGAGUUUUCAUGUCAUCAUGGUUGGGCGCAUCUGUCCUUGGCCUUGGUGAAUGGUUUAUUAAGCGCAUGCCAUUUGUUCGUCAUAUUUACAAUGCUUCUAAGCAAAUAAGUUCUGCUGUCUCACCAGACCAGAAUAAACAAGCCUUCAAGGAAGUCGUGAUUAUUAGGCACCCUCGGUUAGGUGAAUAUGCAUUUGGAUUUAUCACAUCUGCGGUUUCCCUACAGCAUACUUAUUCUGUUGAGGAGGAACUCUACUGUGUUUAUGUUCCAACCAACCAUCUCUACGUUGGCGAUAUUUUUCUAGUCAGCUCGAAAGAUAUUAUUAGACCGAACCUUUCUGUCCGUGAAGGAAUUGAGAUUGUUGUUUCUACUGGCAUGUCGAUGCCGCAAAUUCUCACUACACUUGAUCCGCACAUGGUACCAGUUGAUAGAACUAAGAUCUAACCUGAGUUUCUAGUGGCUGAUGACUAUUUCCCACACUACACGACUGGCUUUCCACCUCGACAUUUUGCAUACAAAAGCAUGUUUCUUUUUCUAGUUUAACUCGAUCUGUAGAUAAGACACAAGGAUUUUGGUAGAUGCUAUUGCUUAUGUUCUUUUGAACCUUGAAAAA